GUUGGCUGUGUCACGUAUUUUGUCCCAUCUCACCCCAGUCAAAGUUCAUUGCUCUGCUGAUAACGAUAAGCCUUCCACGUGAUCUCAGCCCCGUCAAAAAAUUCUUUGCUCAAUCCGCUCUACCAAGCAAAGCUUCAAGCAUCACCAAAACCUCACAAACAAUCACAUCAACCGCCAAAAUGCAUCUCAUGUACACCCUCGACGCUCAAGGCAAUCGCCUCUACACCCUCAAGAAGGUCGCUCAAGGACAAGUCACCAAGUCCGCUCACCCUGCGCGUUUCUCCCCCGAUGACAAGUGGUCGCGCCAGCGCGUUACUCUCAAGCGACGAUUUGAGCUUCUCUUGACUCAACAGAAGGAACAAUAAAUCACAUGACGGGCGUUACGGUUCAGUUUGGGCGUUAGACUAAAAGUCUCAAUACAACU